CACCGUUAAAUCUGCCAUCUUCUUCUUCUCCUCCUCCUCUUUCCAGUUUUAUCGUGGGGAGGCGCAUUCAUUGCCGAUGUGAUCAGGGGGGAUUUUGGAAAGAAAUUGCUCACUGUUCACGGGGGUGCAUUGGUAAUAUGGGAAGAAAGAGAGGGUCCAUCUGCAAAAGGGACGGUGGCGCGUUUAAGCGAAGGCGAGGCGGCGGAUCGGACGACGAAGAGUACGUCUUUGGGGAAGAGGAGGAGGAGCAGAGCUUGGACGACUCGCUCGCCGGAGAUGCCACCGAGGAGGAGUUUGAGUAUGGGGAGUCCAGCUGUGGCUCUGAGUUGGAGCCGGACUUCGAGUACGACGAGGAGGAGGAGGAGGAUCGGAAUGAGGCUGACGAUGAGGAGGUGGUGGCAUGGGAGGAGGUCGAUGCGGGCAGUGUGAUGGCGCGUAUCGGGAGGGGGAAGCGAUCUAGGGGUUCGGUCCAGGUGGAUGCCGAGGCGGAGUUGGAUGAGGGUUUGGUUAGAUCUCGCCGGCGGAACGCUACGGUUUUGGAUUAUGCUGAGGACGAGGAGGAGGACGAUGGCCACGAUGAAGACUUCCUGCCGGAUGACGGCGAGGAUGACGACGUUGAUGACGAAGAUAUCGAGCCUUUCCAAAAGAGGCGGAAAUUUAAGUCUUCCAAGCCAAAGUUAAAGAAGAAACUGCAAGGAAGAGGACCAGAUGACUACGAGCAAUUAUUCGAUUAUGAUGUAUCCAAUUUCGAUGAGGGAUUUAUUGCAAACAAUCCAAUCGCAUUGAAUAAGAGUAGGAACAAGAUCAAGAAUGCAGAGCGCAGGAAGAGAUUGCUGGUUGUAUCAGACUCAGAAUCUGAUUCCUUAAUGUUUGAAGGACCGUUGAAGAACAAGGACAUUUGUAGGAGGCAGUGUAGGGAGAAUGUAGGCGAAGAAUUCGGAAAGCAGCGUUGUGGGAUCUGUUUGUCAGAGGAUCAGAAGAGGACGGUUCAAGGGAAAUUGGAUUGCUGUGCUCAUUUCUUCUGCUCUGCAUGUAUAAUGGAGUGGUCGAAAGUGGAGACCCGUUGCCCAGUUUGCAAGCGUAGGUUUUCGACCGUCACCAAGACCUCGAAGUUGGAUCCUAUGUUCGGCAUGAACAAGGUUGUGAGAGUUCAAACACGGGAUCAGAUUUACCAACCUUCAGAAGGAGAAAUUAGGCAAAUGCUGGAUCCAUAUGGAAAUAUUGUGUGCACGGAAUGCCAACAAGCUGUAGACGAUCACCUCAUGUUGCUAUGCGAUAUUUGCGAUUCUUGUGCUCAUACAUAUUGUGUUGGUCUCGGAAGGGAAGUACCAGAAGGCAAUUGGUAUUGUGAUUGCUGUAGGUCUACCACUACCGUAUCAUCAUGUAUGCAAAAUCAAGACACUUUCUCUGGGGGAGUUCCUAAAAGUUCCUUAACACAUGGCUAUGAAGCGGUAGAAGAUGCUGCGCAUAUCCAUUCCAAUUCAUAUUCUCAACCAUCUGGAUCCUUUCCACGUCUGAUUGCAUCUCAAAGAAUGGAUCUGAAUGCCCCUCCUACAUUAGACGAUGAUUAUGCAGCAAUAUACCAGGUUACCGGUGUUGGCGGAUCAACUUUAUCUGAAAGACGUGCAAUACAUCAACAGAUACGCAUCUUGUUAUCUAACAGUAGACCGCGGCAGAUGAUUCAUCAAAAUGAUGUAUCCAAUGACAAAGUGGAAGGUAAUGCUACACCACAAGAGGUUCAACAAAGCGAGUUUACAAACUAGAAGAAAAUAUCUUGAAUGAUUGGUUUCUUCUUGCGGAAAAAAAAAAGAGCCUUUCUUUGAUUCUUGUCUGUGCUUCAAUCUAGGAACUGUUCUACUGGACAUGUGGUUGAGUAUAGAAAUGAAAGAACAAAGACAAAGUAAACAACAUUGGUUGGUAGAAAAAAAAUGGUAAGAUAAUUUUGUGGGCAAAUGUUUAUCUUGUAUUGAACAGUUCUAUGGCUAUCAGGGUUUCUGUGAGUAUAAUUUGACAAUAGGGAAGUUGAGAGAUGGCACAAAGCCAGGUUAGACCAUGCUUUCUUUUGGCAUAAUGUUGUAUGACGGAUUCCAUGUACUCAUCUCUUACCAAAAUCAUGACCAGUAUUCUUUGAUAG